AUGGAAAAUCAAGUUGGAGGUUACCAUAAAAUGCCUUUUACAAUGAAGGACCUUUACAAUCGAAUGUCAGCUGUGUCAACAGUCGACUUUGCUGCAUCACAUGCUGGUCGAGCGUUGGGGUACUUAGAACAUAAAGCGGAUAUGGACCCUAAUUUCUUUGGAACUUUUUCAUAUGAUAAUUCAAAUCAACUUCUGAACUUAUUUUGGGGUGAUGGGAAAGCUCGUCUAGAUUACGAGACAUAUGGACACUCAGUUGCCUUUGACUCGACUUAUAAAACAAAUAGCUACGGUAAGCCCUUGUUGAUAUGGAUAGGAGUCAAUAACCACUUCAAAACAUGUCCAUUUGGCUAUGCAAUCCUUCAUAAUGAGUCGACAUCUUGUUAUAUGUGGGCAAUAAAGGCAUUCCUCGAAUGCAUGAAUGGGGUGGCGCCAAAGACUGUGGUCACAGAUGGUGAUCUUGCUAUGGAAGCAUCCAUCGAAGCGCUGAUGCCGAAUGCAGUACACCGUCUUUGUUAUUGGCAUUUACACAACAAAGCUAUUUUGAAGGGUAAGGACUGUACGUUUGCGGAAAGGCUUAGUGACUUAUGUUUCACGUACUAUGAGGAGGAGGUGUUUGACCACAAACUGAAUGAACUAAUAACAGACCACGAACUAGAUGGCACCGACUAUGCAGCAAAACUAUGGGCAACAAAACACAAGUGGGGGGAGACGUUCCUCAGGGGACAUUUUUUUUGUGGGAUGACCACCACACAGCGUAACGAAGGUAUUAAUGCAGUGUUGAAGAGGAAAGUGAAUGAAAAUAUGAGGUUGUACGACUUUGUUCGAACCAUUGACAUGGCUACUUCAUGGGUUCGACAUGGACAUCUAAAAGAAGAUUAUCAGUGUUUACACACGAAUCCUGUUUUGGGAGUGACAAAUUUGCCUAAAAUAGAAGCAGAGUUAUCUAAAAUCUAUACAAGGAACAUGUUUUACAAAGUUAGACAACAAAUGUCCCGGGAAGGUGAUUACCGAGUUAGUAGUUUGGAAAACGACGAGGAGGGGACUAUUAUGGAACUGCAGAAGUAUGGAGACAAUAGGUAUAGGAGAUUCGUGUAUGCGACAGCUGGGCGUGAUUUUUUUGUUUGUGAGUGCCAACACUUCAUUUCAUUUGGCAUACCAUGUCGUCAUAUAUUCGCAGCCAUCAAACGCCUUAAUGUAAUUGAGAUGCCAAAGUCACUUAUAUUGACCCAGUGGACACUAGAAGCUGGGCUGAGUACUACGCAGCCAGAGCCCGCCAAUUACCCCGAUAAGGAGUCUGAGGUUACGAGAAGAUUUGGUGAACUUAGUAGUAUUUUAAAUGAAGUAGCGUACCUCGGAAGUCAGAGUCAGGCAGCGUAUAGAGAAGCUACCCUUCAAAUUCAGAGGAUUUGUGUUGGACUGAAGGAAUCAUUGCACAUAGGAGGAGACAUAGGGAAGAGCAAGUUGCCGCUGAGGAGGCAUUCAGAAUUUAAGGUGGCCAAUCCAGACUUCACCAAGACAAAGGGAACAGGGAGGAUGGCCGGGUCUAGAGCAGGUGUUGGGUGGAAGUGCAGUGUUUGCAAAAAAUCAGGCCACAACAAGUUGACAUGUCCAAGCAAAGUCAAGAAAACAGAGAAAGCAGGGGAUCACGAGGAUUCAGCAUAUGAUGAUGAACAAUCACAAUUGGAGGGAGAAGAAGAUGUGAAUUGGACAGCAGAAACCACCAUGGAUAUGGAACGUAAUGAGAGGGGUGGAACACCAGAGUUGCAGAUCGAUGGGAAUGAGGAAGUAAAUGUUGAAAUGGAAGAGCAUGAAGAGUCUGAGAACAUGAGAAAAUUUAACUUGUGGGGCAUUCAAGGAGGGUGUGUUAGUUGGAAGGCUAACUUGCAGAAAGUAGUUGCAUUAUCAUCAACUGAAGCUGAAUAUAUGGCAGCCAUAGAAGCUAUUAAAGAAGCAAUAUGGCUAAAGGGACUUACUAAAGAGCUGGGAUUUAAUUCACAAAACAUCACAGUUCACUGUGACAAUCAGAGUGCUCUACACUUGAUGAAGAAUCCCAUGUUCCAUGAGAGAUCCAAACAUAUUGAUAUUAAACUGCACUUUAUUAGAGAGGUACUUGCUAACAGAGAAGUUCAAGUUAAGAAGAUAAACACAACUAAUAAUCUAGCUGAUAUGUUCACAAAAGGGGUCACUCAAGACAAGUUUAGGCACUGCCUGAACUUGUUAAAUAUAGGAGAAUAUGGUUAG